CUAGACAUACUGCGGCAGUGUAUCAUUGAUCAUCUAUUUGCACCUGCUCAAAAUAUAAACUGCUGGAGUGUUUCUCAAUGUCAGAUGCUAACACACAUGUGAUGAACACAGCGAGUAAGUCCAUGGGCAGAGCAAUGAAUUAGUACUUUCCUCUUCAUUCCCAUUUAUAAUACACACUCUGUCCACAUCAAGUCAAUAAGCUUUGAAUAUAUAAGAUAGGAUCAGUUCCUAAAAUUUCAGGAUUGCCAUAUUAUAAUAGGUAAACCAUUUCAUUUGGUAUCUCAGUUUCUCUAGUCUCUAAAUCGGUUUAAGUUAUUGUUAUCAAUAUUCUCUAAGCAAACUGAAACUUUUUAAAGGAUGCAUUUAAAGUAAUAAAAAAUAAAAACCAGGGCUGAAAUUGACUAUUAUACUAAGAAUUAUUUUGAAAUCAGAAGGAAAAAUGAUAAGGAUUCCACGAAUCCUCAACUAAUAGGCUGUGUUCUGUAUGUUUGGAACUAAAAGCACACUUUCCUGUGGAAAUACCAAUAAUUCUAGUAAAGAGAUAACACAUUCUGGAUAUAUCACAACCUGUCUUAAUUAAGGGAGGGAGGAGGGAAUGCGAACGCCAGUAAGAGGCAAGUAAAAGGUGAUAUCUAUUGGGUGCCCUGUGGGGUAAGGAAGGCUAGAGUGAAUGAACUACCCUAUUGGCACCCUAGAACUACAAUCCCCAGAAUGCCGCAGUGCAGGCUCACUUUAGGGCUCUAAGCACUGCAGGAUCGGCAGCCAGCCGGGGUACUCUGGCUCACCUGCGUUCAUGGCUUCUCCUUGCAAGGCGGUAAUUGUUCCCGGGAAUGGAGGCGUGGAUAUUGCGGCCCACGGAUGGUAUUGCUGGGUGAAGAAGAGGCUGGAUCAGAUACCUGGUUUCCAGUGUUUGGCUAAAAACAUGCCUGAUCCAAUUACAGCUCGAGAGAGCAUCUGGCUGCCCUUCAUGGAGACAGAGCUGCAUUGUGACGAGAGGACCAUCAUCAUAGGCCACAGUUCCGGGGCCAUCGCGGCCAUGAGGUAUGCAGAAACACAUCAAGUGUAUGCGAUUGUAUUAGUGUCUGCAUACACAUCAGACUUAGGGGAUGAAAACGAGCGUGCAAGUGGCUACUUCAACCGCCCCUGGCAGUGGGAGAAGAUCAAAGCCAACUGCCCUCACAUUGUGCAGUUUGGCUCCACUGAUGAUCCUUUCCUACCCUGGAAGGAACAACAAGAAGUGGCAGAUAGUUUGGAAGCCAAAUUUUACAAAUUCACUGACCGUGGCCACUUUCAGAAGACGGAGUUUCCCGAACUGAUUGAUGUGGUAAAGUCUAUGCUGAAAGUAUCGGCACAAAAAGAAUGAUUUCUGCUAUUCUGCAUACCAAUAUAGUAGAGCAAUGAUCAGAUUAUAGGUAAAUCAUCAAAAAUGCCUAAAAAACAAACACAAGUCUUAAUGUUCAAACUAAGUUACAAGUAGCAUUUCCAUUUUCCAUAGGAUCUAUCUUUCCAAAUUGCUAUGAAUUAAAGCAGUAUUUUCCUUAUGAUAAGGGACCGUAAGGACAUGUUAACCAUCCAAAGUGAGGAAGACACAAAUGGAACCCAGGUUUCCUGAUUUCCAGCCCAGAUUAAAACUAAAUAAAUUUGAUGUAUAAGAGUUGUA